ACUGCAAGCUGCCAGUUCGGCCGCUCGGCUCCUGGCGCUGCCGGCUCCGCACCGCCGCGUCUCGUCCCCAGGGUCGUCGCCGCUGCGCCCCGGGAGCGCUGACUGCCCUGGGCCGCUGUCGAGCUCGGGCAGGGCGGAGCCAAAAUGUCCCCGGAGUCCAAAAAGCUCUUCAACAUCAUCAUCCUCGGAGUCGCCUUUAUGUUUAUGUUCACCGCCUUUCAAACUUGUGGCAACGUGGCGCAAACUGUCAUCAGGAGCUUAAAUAGCACGGAUUUUCACGGCAGUGGAUAUACCAGCAUGGCAAUUAUUUAUGGAGUAUUCUCUGCUUCAAAUUUGAUUACACCAUCAGUGGUUGCCAUUGUAGGACCUCAGCUCUCUAUGUUUGCCAGUGGUUUAUUUUACAGCAUGUACAUUGCCGUUUUUAUCCAGCCUUUCACAUGGUCCUUCUACACUGCAUCUGUUUUCAUUGGAAUUGCAGCUGCUGUACUUUGGACAGCACAAGGAAACUGCCUGACAAUAAAUUCAGAUGAGCACACUAUCGGGAGAAACAGUGGAAUUUUCUGGGCACUCUUACAGUCCAGCUUGUUCUUUGGAAAUCUCUACAUAUAUUUUGCCUGGCAAGGGAAAACUCAAAUAUCAGAGAGUGACCGAAGAACUGUGUUUAUUGCUCUGACAGUGAUUAGUCUUGUGGGGACAGUUCUAUUCUUUCUCAUUCGGAAACCAGAUUCUGAAAAUGUCCUUGGAGAAGAUGAGUCUUCUGAUGACCAAGACAUGGAAAUGAAUGAGUCUGCCCAGAACAAUAUGACAAAGGCAGUAGAUGCAUUUAAGAAGUCUCUCAAGUUGUGUGUCACCAAGGAGAUGCUCCUUCUCAGUGUCACUACUGCUUAUACAGGUCUGGAAUUGACUUUCUUCUCUGGUGUUUAUGGAACCUGCAUUGGUGCUAUAAACAGGUUUGGAACAGAAGAGAAAAGCCUCAUUGGACUUUCUGGAAUCUUCAUUGGUAUUGGAGAAAUUUUAGGUGGAAGCCUCUUUGGCCUGCUGAGCAAGAAUAAUCGUUUUGGUAGAAAUCCAGUUGUGCUUUUGGGCAUCCUCGUGCACUUUAUAGCUUUUUAUUUAAUAUUUCUCAACAUGCCUGGAGACGCCCCAAUUGCCCCUGUGGAGGGAACAAACAGCAAUGCUUACAUCAGGUCCAGCAAAGAAGUUGCCAUUCUCUGCAGUUUUCUGUUGGGUCUUGGGGACAGCUGCUUCAACACCCAGCUGCUUAGCAUCUUAGGCUUUCUCUAUUCUGAAGACAGUGCACCGGCCUUUGCCAUCUUUAAGUUUGUUCAGUCCAUCUGCGCGGCUGUGGCCUUUUUCUACAGCAACUACCUUCUCCUUCACUGGCAGCUCCUGGUCAUGGUGGUAUUUGGGUUUUUUGGAACUAUUUCAUUCUUCACUGUGGAAUGGGACGCUGCUGCCAUUGUGGCCCGGGGCUCUGACUACCGAAGUAUCUGAUGAGGUACCCGUGGGAGGCUGCACAGCUCCAGAGCACAGUUGAAGUGACUUCAGUUGUCUUCAUAGUACAGUGGAUGAUGUUGAGUGUGGAGAAUCAAAGAGUUCAGGCUUGAACCAGCUGGAGCUGGAUUAAAGUUUACAGAUAUUAGUUAUUUAAAACCAGUGUAAUAAGGGAAAUCUAUCAGUUAUAAUUGUUCAGCGAUACUGCUUUCCAUUUAUCUAUCUCAAGCUCCUUACAAUCACAUUAUAGAGUGUGAAUGUAUUCUUCUGCCUUGAGAAUUCCAGGCCAUAUGUCGUAUAAGGAUUCUUGCUGGGUCUGGAGUGUGUUUUACUACAUAGUAACGGAAACAUAUGCCUCUCCACAUGUGUAUCUGGAAUGACAUUCACAUAGUGAUGUGCUGACAUUUAGUCUAACUUUGAAAAGGUUUUUCCUCAUUAAAUGUUUCUUAGAUUUUCUUACCUCAUAGUUCAUACCAAGGAGUGGCCAAUUAAGUAUAAAAUGAGGAAAAAUUAUCUCAAGUCUUAAAACAAGAAUAUAACAUCACAGCAAACAAAACCAUGUUUAGAAGAGUUAAACACAUUUACUAGGGGAAGACUUUUGUUAGUAAUUUUCCUGAAAGAUACAAUGCAAGAAAGAAAGAAAAACUAGAGGGAGGUCUGAGCUGGGGGGAGGAUGUUGUCACUUAAGUGUGAUCUUAUAGCAGAUGCCAUUCAGUCACAUGUCUGAGAGUGGAAUGUAACUAUAUAGGAAAAUAUUUAAGUGGAAAUGUUAACUUUCCUCUAUAAGAACUCACUUAAAAUUUUUAUAAUUGAGAUGUAAUUCAGAAAUGAUAAAAUUCAUCAUUUUAAAAUGUGCAA